GAAGGCUCGUCCUACUUCCUGGUCAACCGGCGAUGGUACACCGAGUGGCUUCAGUGGGUAGGCCACCCGAGCGUGCAAAGCCCGCAGCUGCGGCCGGCAGAUCCCCCCCUUAUAGCUGAUGGCCUCGACCUCUCGCAGGGAAGCGCCGGAGGCUCUACGGAUGGUCUGAGGCCGCGUACCCAUUCCUGGACCAAAGAUCGCCCGGGCGAGAUUGAUAAUCGAGAUCUCCUAGAGGUCGGCUCGGCGACCGCCAUGAAACGCUCUCUGAGUGAGCAUGCCGAUUACGAGAUUGUCCCGGAGGAUGCUUGGGACCUGCUCUACGAAUGGUAUGGCGGUGGACCUCCAAUCAAGCGGCGCGCGAUUAGAGAGGCCAACGGAGGCGUGAUGGUGGAACUCUUCGGCCUCACCUUGAAGGCAUACCGAUCUUCCGACAUGAACGGUCUGCCGAAGGAGAUAAUCGAGUCCAAGUACUCCACCAUCAGGGAACUCAAGGAGAGGCUCUGUACCGAGAUGGACUUAGAGCCUGCGGAUGUGCGAAUUUGGGAUUUCUUUGACAACCGGCCGUUCGCGUCGUUGGAAGAGGAGCUUGACUCCUAUCUCCACGACAAGCGGAUAAUGGACAACAAUCCAAUUCUCCUCGAAGAAAAAGACGCCAAUGGCCAGUUCACCUUCGUUGAGGAGAUGAAGAAUGCCAGAGAACCUUCAGCGCCGUCCAGUGUAUCUGGGUACUACUCAUCUUCGUACCACGCCUGUUCCGCAGACGUCCCAACGGCAGGUUCAGUGAUCCAAAAAGGAGCCUGUGGGCUCACCAAUCUGGGUAACACCUGCUUUAUGAAUAGCUCCAUCCAGUGCCUCUCCAAUAUUCCACAGUUGAGGGAGUACUUCCUCGACUUGGACAAGGAGCAUCUUAAUCGGACGGCGCACAAGACGCAGGGAAAGCUUGCGGAAGCAUUUGCCGACCUGCUGAAGAUGAUGUGGACGGAAGGCACUGCCAAGGUGGCUCCCAGAAACUUCAAGUACCAGGUCGGUCAGUUUGCCGAGCAAUUCAGCGGUUAUGGACAGCAGGACUCUAUGGAGUUGAUCGAGUAUGUGCUCGACGGCCUGAAAGAGGACUGCAAUACAGUCCAGGGGCCCAAGCCGUACAUCGAGCUGAAGGAGGCUGAUGGAAGGCCAGACAGCGAAGUUGCCAGAGAAGCGUUGGAUGCGUAUCAUCAGCGCAACAAGUCCAAGGUGGAUGAUCUCUUCGUCGGCUUGUUCAAAUCUGUGGUGCGGUGUCCGCUGAAGGAGUGCGGACGGGUAUCGGUAACCUUUGAUCCCUUCCUGUCCGCCAAGCUGUCGCUGACUAGUGCUGCGGAGCAGCGAGGGACGACGUUAAGUCUGUUGCUGGUCCGAGACGGCGUGAAGGGCUAUCAUCAGGUGAAAGUGCGCGUCAACAAAGAUGCCAGCGUGAAGGAGCUGAUCCAAGCGGCAGCUGAGGAAGCUGGCGAAGGACUUGAAGCAUCCCGAUGCGUGUUGGUGGAGGUCUGGAACAAGAAGGUUCAUCAGUUCUUCGAGGAGAACACCUGCGUCGACAGCAUCCGUGCGGAGGACAACCUUCUUCUCACUGAGGUUUCCGAUGCCACCGCCUUCCAUGUGACGAAAGAGCAGCGUGCGCUUCUUAGCAAGAAGCGCAGCAGGUUCUGCGCCUACAGCUAG